GUGCACAGCAGUGUGUAGCGUGUGCGAUGGCAGCAGCGCUGUAGCUUUGCGAUCAUCACUUUCUUCGUGGUUUUGGGAAUUGACGAAAAUGGCGUGAUAACUUACUUAAAUAGAGUGAAAAACAAUUUUGAAGCAAGUGAAAUGAAAAAAGUUUUCCAGAAUGGUGGUGGCAUUGCUCGCUCCUCCGUGUGACUAGCGAAUUUAAUUUCAUUCCAAUUUAUCCGUUCGAGUAUAUCGUGCAUUGGUAAAAUAAUCAACUUUCCCGUUUUAUUUACCAGCGCACACGCAGCGCAAAGAACCCCAUACCGAAGUGAAGUGAUCGUGGAAAUUUAAUAUAUUCCGAAGUGGUUCCGACGUCCGAUGUGUGUGCCCAGCGCCAACGGCAAUAGUCCUCCGAUGGACAAAAGUGUAGAAGUGUCAUUUGGGAAAGCGCGAAUUGUUGUGUGCCAUUGAGGGAAAACUUUUCCAGCAUUAAGCAUUUCACCUCCACGUGGUGGUGCCCGCGUGCUCGCUUACCAUUUGCAUCCAUCCGCUUGAUUGGAUGACAGUGUUGAAAAUUAAUUUUAAACGAAAAGAGUGUGAGUUUUUUUUUUUCAAUCGUUGAUCGUGUGAAACGGAACCGACAGUCAGCAGCAGGUGGAAGUGAAAUUGUUUGAAGCAUUUCGGCAGCAAGAACCAUCUCUACCUGCUACACAGCUUCAUUCUAACCAAGCGCACGGGGGAGCAUAAACAACAAAAAGCACGAUGAUACUCAGGCUGGUUUGCUGUAUCACAAUCAUCGCCAUCACUUCAAGCGACACGAUCGGAGCGGACCUCUCCACAAGAGAUCGCAUACGGAUUCACCGAGAAUGGCUCGAAAGGCGGGCCGCGAAGCGGUCGGAUGUCAGUUCCUCGAAUUCACCUCCCGACUCGUUGGUAGCAACGACUCAGCGGACAACCUAUAUGCGAAAGUUAAUCAAAUUCAAGAACGAAAACGAACCGCUGUCAGAGAAUGACAUUUCGUUCGUUCCCCACUUCGGUAACGGUGCGGAAAUCGGUGGCGGCAACAGUAAUGGGCCCGUUGGUGUCAAUAAUGGUUCCGGGCCCGAAUCGGCCCCGACCAGUGCCAGCAAGCAACAGGAUCGGCAUCACCAUCAUCAGCAUCAGCAUCAUGAUCAUCAGCAUCAUCAUUCCGACCGACAAAGUCAGCAGCGGACGAAUAUCCAGCAUCAUGGCGUCCCGGCAGCGUCCCGAACGAGCGAAAAAGAAAUUUUGACAGACGAUGCCGAACGGUACCGGUAUGAUGUGGUUUCGGCACAAGAUGGCAACCGACAUCCGAAUGUGGAAUCCGGGCCCCGGUCGGAAGAUUCACCGACGGUUGUGGAUGAAAGCGAUACGAAGCAGCCGCUUGUGUACAUUAUGGAACCACCGACAGUAACGUCACCAGCGCCGGUACUAGAGGACGUUCGAGGCCCUGUUUCUGGGCUGAGAGCUGGCGAGUUUCCGGCCACAACAGCCGCUACCACCCCCCAGGUUGAGGAACCAACCGAGAAAAUUGAUGCCGCGGUGGUCGGUUCGAGCCACCACCAGCCGCAGCAGAACGAGAGCAGGCAGCAGCACAAUGCUGCCGAAGCAAAUCCCUUAAAUAAUGAUUUGUCGGCCGGUACGAACGUAGCAACACUCGCACCUGCAAACGCAGCGACCACCGACCACCGUAAAUCAAAUCCAAUGGCAACCCAAACGACGUGGGACACUGCUGAGGAAGCGCCUCCGAGCGGAAGGCCUUCGGCAAACGGUGUGGUCCGUUCGAGUGGGGUACCGUCCGGUGAAGAAAGGAAAAGUGUUCUAAUGACAACCACCGACCAGGAUCCAGUAAUGCAGGAAGCUGUUCAAGAGCAGAAUGUCGCACCGACGACGGGUUCUGUAGCCGGCUCGAUGAAUGUCACGGUGCGCAAUCUUUUCGGCCCAUGGAGUAACUGGACGGCUUGUUCGAGAUCAUGUGGAGGAGGUGUCAAGACUCAGGUUCGAAGCUGCUGGAAACGAGAGUACAUCAACGGUAAAAAGAGCACCAAACCUGCAGCCGAGAGUUUCGAAUGUAUCGGAAUCAUCAAGCGUUACCAUUUGUGCAAUGAACAGGAAUGUCCCACCACCGAUGGCGAUUUUCGUGAGCAGCAGUGUGCCAGCUUCAACAGCCAAACGUUUCAGGACAAACGCUACAUUUGGGAAGCUUUUGUGAAAGAGGAUGCCGAAUGUGAGCUGAACUGCAAGCCGAUCGGUAUGCGCUAUUUUGCAACGCUUAACAAAACGGUCAUCGAUGGAACGCCUUGCUCGAAGCCCACCGAAUAUUUCCGCCGCAAUAACAGUGGCCGUGGAAUAUGUGUCGAAGGACUAUGUAAGGCCGUUCACAACAGUGGCGUUAUAUCGGGCACGUUCAUGAACAAUGGCGCCGUCCGGUGCGGAAUGACCGUUUGCCGUCCCAUUUCCGGUAUCUACACGAAGACCAACCCGAACAAUGGCUACGUCCACGUGGCGACCAUUCCGUCCGGUGCAUCCAACAUCACGAUAACGGAACUACAGAACAGCCAGAACUAUCUAGCGCUGAAAACGGCCGAUCAACGGUUUUUUAUCAACGGGGACUACACGAUCUCGCUCAGUGGACAUUACAUCGCCGCCGGGACUGUGUUCGAUUAUCGUCGAGUCGAUGGGCUGAACAACGGUUCCAACAGCAGCUUCCGGCACGUGGAAGGCAUCACCGAAUGGGUGACUGCGCUCGGGCCCACCAACGAACCGGUGCAGGUGUUUCUGCUUUCACAGUCACCGAACCCGGGCAUCAAGUACGAAUACUUCCUACCCGUCAAUGUCAACCCGACCGAACCCACAUCGCAGGAAGAAGUUCCCAGUGUCGAAGCGGGAAAUGAAAUCUCGGAAAAGUCCAAUCUUCGAGUGCCAAAACAGCGUUUGGUAAGUUCGGUUAACAGCACGAACACUCCCAGCACAGGACGGGUUGGUCAGCGCAAGCGAAAGUACUUGUGGAAGGUGAUCGGGUUCAGUGCGUGCAGCAAGUCGUGCGGCGGAGGCAUCCAGCAGCCCAUCAUCAAGUGCGUCCGCGAAUCUCCGACGCGCGUGUUUUCCGUCAAACGAUGCGCCCAUCUGCAACAGCCGGUGCUGAACGAGAAUUUGUUGCGCUGUAACACUCAACCGUGCCCCGCGUACUGGAAGCUCGGCGACUGGGACCAGUGCAAUUGUGAGGAAAAGUACGACGAGGAAGUAUUCCGCACGCGCGAAGUCAAGUGCGUGCAAGAGCUGCUGUCCGGCAUUGUGAUACAGGUCAACAAUGGAGCUUGCAUGGAAGAGCUUCCGCCCAGCACGGAACGAUGUGAGUGCUCGCGCGUCGUUAAACCUACACCGGCGAGAACGGAAAAGCCCCGCUACAAACCUACCGAGAGCCAACACCAACACGAACAUCGGGGCCAUCGAGGACAGCACCAGCACCAGCACCACGACCAUCACAGCGCGGGUGCAAGCCACAGUCACACACAGAACGAUAUGGAAAAUGGCCCAAUAGCGAGCAGCGGGCUUAUCGUGCCGCACAGUCGCCAACGGACCGACAUAAACCACAUCAACUAUCGGGCAGAGUCGAAGAAGACGGGGGUCUGGCUGACUGCGAACUGGAGCACCCGGUGCUCAACGACGUGCGGCAUCGGCAUGCAGACACGAUCGAUCUUCUGCGAUCGCAGCUCCUCGGUCAACUCGGAACGGUGCGAUCUGCGCAUGAUGCCGGAAACGUCCCGUGAGUGCACCAGCAAUCGAGCGUGCGAAUUUGGCGAAUGGUUUGCGGGUCCUUGGACUCUGUGCUCCGGAGAUUGCUUCAAUCUAACACGCUCCAGAACGGUGCUCUGCAUUCGUAACGACCACUUUGCGCCGGAAAGCGAAUGUGACACGGAGCUACGACCGAAAUCGAUCGAACCGUGCGACAGUGAAUCGUUCGAGGAAUGUAAACCCAGGUGGCACUUCUCCGAAUGGACCGAGUGUACCAAGCCCUGUGGCGGAGGCAAUCAGCGCCGUGUGGUCAAGUGUUUAGAGUUCAACUUGCGCGACAAAAUGCUCCAGGAAUCGGGUGGCUGCCGGUACGUCGAUCGGCCCCUAUCGUACCGGGUGUGUAAUGAGGAGGCUUGCCCACUAUCGACCGCUUCAUCCGUCACGUCUGCCACGACCAGGACGACAACGGCCGCAUCCUUACCCUCCUACUCCACGACCGCGUCCUCCACUUCAUCGGUGGAUCCAUACUACGAAGCACGAUCGGAUAUGAUGCCGAACGACGAGAACUGUCGCGACGAUUUCCCCAACUGUACGAUAGUGUUAAAGGCCAAACUGUGCAACUACGCGUACUACAGCCAGGCGUGCUGUCAGAUGUGCCGAACGCGACAGAACGAGCUGUACUAAAGCGCGGAACCGAGUACUUUUGGUUUGCACCCCAUUAACACAACACUACACGAGGCUGCGCAGGCUGAAGGGUUGAGCGUAUUAUCCUGCGUCCAUUAUUAAUUUAAAAAGCACAAAAGCCAAGGGAAGGCAACAUUUGCGUUGAAUCCAUCCUAAAUUACCUGCGGCGAGCAAAGAGAGCAACCAUUCAACAGUAUUUUUGAGCAGGGCAGGAGAACUGUGUGUCAUAUGUGCGUUGAUCAACUCCCAUUUUCAGUAGCUUUUGGGUUUUUAGCAGUAGCCAAGAACGUAAACUAGGCGCCGAUCAGCAAACAGCAAUAAACCUAUCGCCCUUCAUACUAGCCAUCAACUGAAUGAAGAGCGUUUCGAGUGCAGGCAGCGAGUGUGCAUACGUGCACUAAUGCACAACGCCCGGACGGCGAACGAUCGAGCAUGAUGUUUCCAUUAAUCACACACAGCAGACAACAGCUCGUACUGAGGGUUUGAACACUAACUAAUCGGCAACCAUUUUUUCUUUCUCCGCCAUCGUUACGGAACACUUAAUACUUAUUUGCAACAAAGCAGUGUCGUUACGUUUAGAUUUCGUGCAGUUUUCCCAAGGAAGGAACGGAUGGAAAGGAAAAGGGGCAGAGUUUGGAGUGGCUGGUUUAGUUGCGACCGGUAGCCAAACCUGAGGCGGUAGUAAUUGGUUAAAUAUUUAUCAGAGAGAAAUACUUACACCUUCACAUCGUUACACAUCAACAAAGCGAAUCAUUAUUGUUAGUGACAAUUUGCGACUAAUAAAAAAAAAACAACCGGCGACAAACUGGUGAACAUUCGCCAGAACAAGAUGCGACAGAAAGAACCCCAGCAAAGGUAAAUGAAUUUUCACUCACUGUAACUAUAACAUUAGAUCUCCCUCUUUUUCCAAUAAACGUUUGAUAACAUUGGA